UAGAAGCAGCGCGGCGGUGAGGGGUUCAAAUUGAAUACCUCUGGAAACGAGUAUUCGGUUUGACGAGGAUAUCUUCUUCAGCUAUCCCAAUUCAGGAUUUGAGGAUCAUUGAACAUGGCGGACUCAGCAUACUCGUUCAGUUUGACGACGUUCAACCCGUCGGGGAAGCUUCUUCAGAUCGAAUAUGCCCUUAACGCAGUCAACAACGGCGGCCAUGCUACCCUCGGCAUUCGCUGCAAGAACGGCGUGGUGAUCGUCACCGAGAAGAAGCUACCGACGAUCUUGGUCGACGAAAAGGCGUACAAGAAGAUUGAAACUCUUCAUUCGAGCGCGGGGGUCAUCUACAGCGGUCUCGGCCCGGACUACCGCGUCCUUGUGCGAAAGGCGCGCAAGAAGGCCCAGGCGUACUUCCUCAAGUACAAGGAGAACUCUCCUGCGUCCAUCUUGGUGCGAGACAUCGCGGCGAUCAUGCAAGAAUUCACGCAGUCGGGUGGCGUGCGUCCGUUUGGAGUGUCGCUGUUGUAUGCCGGGUACGACGACGAAGGCCCUCAGUUGUACCAAAUUGAUCCAUCUGGAUCGUACUUUGGCUGGAAAGCCACGGCGAUCGGCAAGGACUCGGUCACGAAGAAGACGUUCCUCGAACGAAGAUACGCGGACGACAUUGAAUUGGAAGACGCGAUCAACACGGCCCUGUUGACGAUGCGCGAUGGCUUUGAAGGCGAAAUGAACGAACAUAACAUUGAAGUGGGCGUGAUCGGCACCGACAAGAAGUUCCGCGUGUUGACCCCCAGCGAAGUCAAGGACUACUUGGCUGAAGCGCAAUAAGCCGUCAAGUCGAACAUGACGCCUCUCUUGCACGACUUCGUCAGAUACACACCUCAGUGCCUGAAUCUACUCUUUAACACGAUUCCAUUGUUGUUGGUGCA